UGAAGACAAUCUCCCUAAUCUACGACCCCGUCAUCACGAUAACACAUUGUCACCUUAUGAUAAAGUUGUCAAAGGGAAAGGCUAUAUACCACCUACGGCCGUCAUUGAUUUUAUGUUCAAAUCGUACAUUUUCUACCUGUAUUUUGUACACAUUUGUCAUACCUCACCUGUUGAUGAACAUUUGAAAAAAAGAUGGAGGAUCUAUGAAAAGGAUAAAACUUUAGAAAAGAAGGAUUAAUUCAUAAAAAGGAUAAAAAAGUGAAGAAAAAGUCGCCAGUUAUGGGAGAGAUAGAAAACUUCAAGAAACAAGGGACCAGGAUAUUUAAAGUUGGUAUCACAGAUGAUUCCAGUAUACAUUUGUUGAAUAGGUUAUACUGUGUAGUAUUCCUGAUCAUUCUAGCCAUGCUGGUCAGUAGUAAGCAAUAUGUCGGAAAUCCUAUACAGUGUUGGUGUCCAGCCAUGUUCACGGGUGCUCAUGUCAAAUACACCAACAACUAUUGCUGGGUGUCAAACACGUAUUACGUAGACUUUGAAAGUAGUCUUCCGCUAGAAAAAGAAAUCCGAGUUAAUAAAGAGAUUGAAUAUUAUCAGUGGGUACCCUUAAUCCUAGUCUUCCAAGCGCUUUUAUUCUAUCUACCCAGAAUGUUUUGGAAAAGAUUUGGAGGUUAUACGUUAUUGAAUAUUAAGAAGAUGUUAAAUAUGGCCGCCAGCGCUGGAUAUCAGACAGGAGAAGAAAGAGACAAAUCAUUGGACGACAUUGUCGCCUAUCUUCACAAGUAUAUAAAGAUCAGAAAUACCAUUUCGUCGCCACAUCAUAAAAUGGAAAUUGCAAAAGAAAAAAUGUCGCGAAUUGGACUUCACUAUGGUAACUACCUGGUAUUUUUGUUCAUGGUGACGUCAUUCUUAUACAUAAUGACGGCCGCAGUCCAGAUUAUAAUGGUUGAUAUAUUUCUUGGAAACGAUUUUAAAAAUCUUGGAUUUGAAUUUUUAGCGAUGAUUUUCAAAGGAAGGAAAUUUGAAGACCUGGAACGUUUCCCACGUGUUACUUUCUGUGAUUUAGAUGUCCGACAGAUGACAAAUGUCCAAACAUGGACAGUGCAAUGCUCUCUUCCAAUUAAUCUCUUUAACGAGAAACUUUUCUUUUGUAACUGGUUGAUGUUAAUUUCCAUGGUCAUUAUCAAUUCAACAAAUUUUUUGUACAAUCUAAUUUCCAUAUUUUUACCUUACCGGACUGAUAAUUACGUCACUAAGUUCAUGGAAAUGGAAGGCGUCCGCGCUGGUCGAAUUAAUGAGAAACAAUCACCGCGCUAUGGCGAAGUUAGGAAAGAAUUUGUGCGGGAAUAUCUUCGCCAUGAUGGUGUGUUUCUUAUUUGGUUUCUUAGCAACAAGACAAAUCAAGUUAUAGCAUCAGAAAUUGUAAGCAAACUUUGGCAGCGUUAUACAAAGGAAGGACUUGUUGAGGCCAAGCUACACGCCGACGAUGACGAAUAUCUAAGUCCUACUGCUGCUUCCAAUGCAUGAAAUCCAUAGACAUCGACCAUUCAUUUUUGUAGUGGACUCUGCUUCCAUAGACACCGACCAUUCAACUUGUGUAGGGGUAGCUGAUUCCAACGCAUGAAAUCCAUAGCACCGACCAUUUUACUUUUGUAAGGGGUCUGGUUUUAUUUAAACGAAUUUGUUGACCCUAAAUUUCUUUUUAAAAAUGUUUUAAAAGGGAGAAUUAAAAAAAAAAAGUUUGGUAAAACAAAAUAUACCGACAUUGAGUAUAACAAAAAUCCACAGAACUUGUUCCUGUGUGUUAAUUAAGAAUAAUUUUGGAAAGUACAUGUAACACGUUUUUAUAAACGUUUUUUCACGAUUUCUCCUUAAAAAUGGAAUUUAGAAUUUAAUUAUAAAAAAUGACUGUAAUAUUUUAGCUUGGUUUUGAAUAGAUUCGAAAAAAAAAUGUUUGUCACGAGAAAAACCCCAUGCCACCCACAAAAGAUAAAUGGUUGGCACCUUUGUAAGGUUGUCUUGGUGAUAUGUUGGUGUCCAUAGCUUGUAUCAAGUUAAGUUUUAUUUAAACUUUUAUUGCAAUGCACAUUGUUUGUGCAGUAUAAUUUUAUAUGCUUUGUAGUUUUGAUCUAUUGAUAUGCCAGGUCAAUGUAUUUUUUGUGUUGAAAGUUAGAACAUGUGUAUUUUAAUUAAGAAAAAUAAAAAGACGGCAGGUCAUCAAUGAUCGGUUUAUCGAUAGAUUUAUUUAACCAAACUCUUUUUAUAUUUUAUUAGCAAAAAACACUACAGAUAUAAAAUCGGGACGUGUUUGAAUGUUAGUUCUGUACAGCUUUAUUUAUACUGUGUAUUAGAUCUAGAGAUAUUUUUUGGUCUACAUGAUAACGUAGUUCUGUAUAGAGCUUGUCCAUCUGUCAACGAGUUUGUUUUUGCUAAAAAAAAGGCGGAAUAUUUAGUUUUGAGACAUUUUAUUUUUAUGAAAUUUCAGAUGGUUUUAUGGGUAAAUUGUAGUGUCUGAUUAUAAAUUGUUGUUUCUUUUAACUUAUUCUAUUUUUAAAUUCAGCCAUUUUCAUUUCUUCAGGAUCGAGAAACAAGGUUCGCUUUGUUGCUCUUUAGACCAAAAUAAAAUCCAUAACACAAUGAAAUUUUUAAUAUUUUACGAUCUUCACGAGGCUCAGAGGCGAAUUAAGGGGAAAGGUGGCCUGGGCAACUCCCUUACGGAGCUACAUAUAUAGGUAAUGCAUAUAUUAUGCACCUUUUCUUCUCCUAACGUCCUCUAGUUUUGGGGCCCUCUUUUUCAAAAUACUGUAUCUGCUUCUGAGGCUGCCUUGCUUUCAUUGAAUAUCUUUGAACUUAUCAAGUAUUAAUUACUUUAUUUUCUAUUAUUUUAUCUGUUUUUAAAACAUUACCGUGUCUAUAAUGGAUAGUCAUUUCACUUUGAGAACAUCGUGUCUAUAAUGGAUAGUCAUUUCACUUUGAGAACAUCGUGUCUAUGGUGCUAUUAAACAGACACAAUUUCUUGCCAGUAUAUUGUUAGAAGUUUUUUGGGGUUGACACACACCUAUAUAGGUCGGGAAAUAUCCAUAUAGAUAUUUUUGCCUUGUUAUGGGGAUACAGACGUUUGGAAAUUAUAAGACUAAAACUUUUAUUGUCAUUUUAUAUUUGAUCUGGUCUAAUUAUAUUUUUUAACACCGUCCAAGACAUGCCGCGCGGAUUAUUUCUUUACCGAAAAGGUAUAAAUUGACAUUUAUUACUGUUAGUAUGCAUUGUUAUAUAUCAUAAUAUAUCUUAGUUGGUUAGUAAAUUAUUUUAUAUAGAUUGGCCUGGAUAAUAUGCCUGGAUAAUAUAUUAUCCUUUGAAUAAUUUGAUAGGUGCUAAGAAUAUUUUGCGUUGUUUUUUAAGAGUAUCAUCAUUUAGUUUUCACUUUUUUGAAAGACUAAGAAGUCAUGUAAUAGUCAACGGAGUGACAAUUCAAUUCCUUUAUUUCGUGUGAUUGGAAGCUUUUUUGCAUAGUUUUCGACAAGGGGGAGGGGGUCUGAAUUUGGGGGACCAUAUUCAUUUCUGUAAUAUUUUAAUUUAUAGGCCAUUUUUUUCUAUACUUUAUACUGUAACAUUAGCAUCCUAUUUUUCUCUUUUCUUUAUAUUAUAGCACCCAUCUGUUUUAUAUUCUUUAUAUUUCAGCACCUCAUUAUUCUAUAUUUUCUAACUUUUUGAUAUAUCUAACUCUAUUCUUUAUAGUUUUAAGUAAAUUUUUCUCUAUUUUUCAAUCUAUAGGCCAUUGUUCUCUAUUCUUUAAUUUUUGGAAUAUUCUUCUCUAUUCUUUAUCUUUUUGGUCUAUUUUUCUGUAAAAUUGGUCCAAUAGUCUCUAUCCAGAUCAUUACAAAUAUAACAUUAAGAUUUACAUACAAAAGAAAAUCAAAUGUGGUCUUCCACCAGUAUAAUUUCUGUGACGUUAAUGUAACUAAAGAAUCGAAUCUACAUGUCUGUUUGUUAGUCCUUCUCUAUACAUUUUUUUUAUCAUAUAUGCAAGCAAUCGCUUAUAAUAUAACAACGUACAGAUACAAUAGGGUAUAUUUCACCAACCCAUAUUUAGGGUAAUCAUAAAGCAAGGGACAAAAACCUAUCCACGAUAUUUCACCAGUGCUGUUCUCAAUGUUUGCGCUUACGAACGCUGUUCAGUUAUAUAAUAAAAUGUGAUUUGGUAUGAUUUCAUAUAAGACAACUAUCAAAUAGAGUCCAAAUGACCAAAUGGCUUUUAGUAACUAUAGGUCAUCAUACGACCUUCAAUAAUGAACAAAAUCCAUACCGAGUAUUGUCAGUUAUUAAAGGACCCCGAAAGCUAUUUUGGUCAAUAUGACAAGCGGAACUUUUUUUUUCUGUGAAGUGUUUUUGAACUAUGUAACUAAACUGUUCUGUUCGUCUGUUCAUUCUUUGUAAUACAAAGCGGUUCAAACAAUUGAUCAUCAUUUUAGUGCGUGACAUUCGUAUCUUACUUAAUCCUAGUUUUAGUGCAGGGCAUUCAUUACUUAUAUAUAAUUAUUAUUGAAUAUAAUUUUAAUGCAGGGCAUUCAUAUAUUAAUAUUUCUACCAGUAACUGAAGUGAAUGUUAAAUAGAAAAUGUAAAAACUUUUAGAGAAAUAAAGAUUUUUACUUUU